UGUCGUGCUCGUCAAGCUUUGGAUUACUCCGUGCGUGCUUUUAACUACCGAAAUGUGCCCAAAACUCGUGCAAAAUGGGAAUUAGCUUGAGCUGCUGUGAGAACUUGAGGAAAGUCGAGCCCGCGAGCGACAAAGAGAAUUCAGAAGAAGACUUGGAAGAUGAGACUAAAUCAUCGUCUGUCAUUAACUAUAACAGAACUUGCACGGAUGUGUUUUAUUUGAUCCUCUUUAUUGCUUUUAUUGUAGUUUUGGUGAGUAUUUGCGGAAGGGAAAACAUCGCAGAUUCCACAAUAGGAUGCAAAGGAGCGAAUAUGACUUCGCUCAAGUAUUUAUUCGUCGAACCUGCGUUGGAUUCUGAGACAACAGUCAUCAAUAGAAUGUGUGUUUCGUCAUGUGAAGAUUACAACAUGAAAUCUUUGCUCAACAGAUGCAUUCCGAAGCAAGCCACGAAGUAUUCUAACAAGUUCUUCUCCAAGAGUGGUAUUAGGAAUUUCUUCGAAGAGGUUUCAGAAGACUUGGACAUUUGCUGGCGCGAAAUCUUGUGCCUCUUCGUAUUGGCUUUCGUGCUUUCCUUCGUCAUUGUGUUUCUUCUACAAUAUCUUGUGGGCAUUCUUGUGUGGUUGGUGUUAAUUGGUAUCGUUUUGGCCAGCAUAAUUGGCGUUAUUUGGCUGUGGGUGAAAUACGAUCUUGUGCGGCGAAGCACACCCGAAGACUCCGAAGUGGGCGUUCAAAGGAGGCAAUCUUGGCUCGCCUAUGCAAUAAUUGGCACCAUCAUUACCAUUUGCAUCUGCCUCGUCAUCUUCGUGAUGCGCAAAAGGGUCCAAUUGGUCAUUCAGUUGUUCAAGGAGGCCGGAAAGGCCAUCACGAGCGUGCCACUGUUGCUUCUUGAGCCAUUCCUCACGUUCUUCGCGCUCUCCGUCACCGUCACGCUGUGGUUCUACUUCGCCCUGUGGAUUGAAAGCUCUGGCCACGUCACCGUGCAGACCAACCAGAGCGUGAGCAUCGUGAAAGACUCGACGAUGCGCGUGACGCGCUGGUACAACCUCCUGGCCUUCUUCUGGUUCACGCAGUUCGUGAUGGGAUGCCAGCACUGCGUGAUCGCCGGCACCGUCGCCGCGUGGUUCUUCGCGCGCGACAAGAGCGCGCUCAGCUGCCCAAUGGCGGGCAGCUUCAAGAGGUUGCUUCGCUACCAUCUCGGCACAGUGGCGUGCGGCUCGCUGAUCGUGUCUCUGGUGCAGAUUGUGCGCGUCAUCCUGAAGUCGGUGGAGUAUUGGCUGCGUGAUCCGCAGAACAAGGCGCUGGUUUUCAUCUCCACUUGCUGCCAUUGCUGUCUCGGCUGCUUCGAGAACCUCCUGCAAUAUCUGACCAGAAACGCGUACAUCGAAACUGCAAUCUUCGGCCAUCCAUUCUGCGAGGCUGGCAGAAAGGCGUUCGCUCUGCUGUCGAACAACGCUCUGCGCGUGUUCGUGAUCAACUCCGUGGGCGACUUUGUGCUGUUCCUCAGCAAGGCGUUCGUGGUGCUGUGCACGGUGCUCGUGGGCACGCAAGUGAUCCAGCAGAAGGACGGCGUGCAGCACAAUUGGGUGCUGCUCGUGCUCGUGGGCCUGUUCGCCUACCUCGUGUCGCACUGCUUCGUCGCCGUGUACGAGAUGACCAUCGACACGAUCUUCAUCUGCUUCUGCGAGGAUUGUGAGCGCAACGACGGCAUCGCGCAGCCCUACUUCAUGUCUCGCGGCCUCAUGGAGUUCGUGCAGAACUCCAAGAAGGCGCUCGAGGCGGAGGAAAAAACGAACGCCUGGUCGAGCAGGGAGUGA